AUGGCAGAGAAUAGAAAAUCUCGGGCUGGAUUCUUUUCGCUUUGUCUUAAUACUGCACAGAAUCCAAAGACAAAACAUCUUAACUUUCGUAUAGAUGUGGCCGACAAACUUCUGGAAGAUUUUGCAUCCUUAAAAAUGACAAAGAAUGCAAUGCAGAACCUCAAAGGAAUUUUCCAGUUUUACAGGAGGGAUCAGCUUAAAGCUGUUAUUGACUGUUUUAAAGAUGUUCUGCAGACAAACCAUUACAAUAAGAAUGCUGUUGCUCACAUGAUCUCAGUUUAUCAAAGAUUACACAUGAACAGCAAAGCCAAGCAAUAUAAAGAUAUGCAAGAGAGGUUUGAGGAGCAGCGGGAAAAAAAUUGCGGAUCAGUCGGUCAUGAAUAUACUUGUGUUGGAAAUAUGGAACAAGACAACUUCUUGUUUGAGUAUUAUGAUGCUGAAGCUCUUGCGGAGCAUGGAAUCGCAUUCUUCAUGGAUUGUUACACAGAGGAAGAUGAAUGGGUCCGAGCUAAUCGUUCACUGAAAUUAUUUAUUGAUAGCUUAAAUUUAAUCAGAUCAGUAAAAGAAAAGGAACUUGAACAGCAGACUAAGAAUGAUGUACUUAACUUGGAGCUGGAGGUUAAAUAUUGGCUAGGUCAAUGUUAUCACAAAGUGUAUCAAGGAGUGUGGCGCAGGGAAAACACUGCCACACAGCCAGGUCACAGAGACUCAUACUGCGAGGGAAUACAGUGUUUAUGGGAUAUAACUAUGUCUGAUGUGGCCUCCCAGGAUUUGAAAGCAUGGACAUGGGCAUAUCUAGGAGUCUUUUUCUUUAAAAAGCCAAGACAGACCCCAAAACAUGUUCAGAAAUUUAUUGAAGAUCUGAAUAUCGAAAAAGAGUAUCAGAAUCCAGAAAUUUGCUUUGUAAGAGCACUUGAUAUGGAGAUCAUGGACCAUCGUUCAACAGAAAUCAGAAUACGAUAUGCCACCUAUCUACGUACCUCUAGGAAUCGGGACCAUCUCGAAAAGGCUAUUGACUUACUACGCGAAGCUUGGCAAAUCUGUCCAGAAGAUGGCAACUGGUUUGCAAAGACAAUGUUAUCUCAAGUAAAUAUGAAAAUGUACCGCUUACUUAAAAACAAAGUACAAUCCUCAGAUACUGUAAAAACAAAUCAGUCUGCGGGAUUGUUGCAUGAAGGUCCAACUGUAAAUUCUGAAGAGACAAAACAGUGUUUGGGAAAGCACAAUGAAGACAAUUGUGUAGAUUCUAAAAAUAUCGAGAGGUCUAUACAAAAGCCCAAUGAAGAUCUAGUUGUAGAUCCUGAAAAGUCAAAGCAGUGUGCGGAAAAGUCUUGUGAAAAGUUUCUUGAGGAUGCCAUAAAAUUUGGUGAGGAAGCUCUCCACAUAAACACAACUGCAAUGGAUUUGGCAAACAUAGCAGAAGCAUACUAUUUAAAAGGAUUAAAAAGUGAUGGCACUAUGGAUGCAGAAUCAGAUGAUGCAAUGCAGGCAGCUGAGUAUUUUUGGCAGGCUGUACAAUGUCUGGGUACUGAGAAAAAGCCAGAGAUUCACAAGAAACACGGAUUAUUCCUAAAGGCCAUAGGUGAAGACAGACAAGCCAUUGAAUGCUUCAAACGGGGUAUGGAGGUGGAUAUUCCAAACAGGCCUAUCGAAAAUUUUAAACAAUUAUUUGAGACAUUUCUUAAGAUGUAUAGUAAGGAAAAAGAAUUUCUUGAGUCAGAACAGGAAUCUCGCGAAACGGGACAGGAAUUCCGUGAAACAGGACAUGAAGAUGGUGAAACAGGACAGGAAUUUCGUGAAACAGGACAGGAAGUCUGUGAAACAGGACAGGAAUUCCAUAGCCAUGACCAGAGACAAAUCACACAAACAGAUGUAGCUGUUGAAGUAAUACAUGACCUUGAACUUGAUCAAGGCAUUCCGUCAACCACAGAUUCGUCCCAGUUUUUUGAUAACUCAUUAAAACCAAUCAAAGAUGCAAGCAAAUCAUGCAAGACAUGGACAUACAAACAGAACAUGCUCCUUUAUGAAAUGACCUAUUGGUAUCAAUAUGCAGCAAGGAACUAUGAGCGUAGGAAAAUCCUGGAGUCAACGAAAAAAUAUGUCCAAGACUUUCCACAGGAAAUGUCAAUGAUGCAUGCUUAUCUAGAACAGGACCCUGAUAGUGUAGACAGAAAUUCUCAGGCCGUGGGCAUCAUUCAAGACUCCCUAGAGGAAUCAGAAACAGAAGAAACCACGUUAAUUAAGGAUUUGUACAGACAGAAAGUGAUGUAUGCAAAAAGUCUGUUGGCAACUAAAAUGGAGAAAGAGCAGGAAGCAAACGUAGAAGAACGAGGAUCGCAUUGUAGCCAUUGCUGUCAGCCAUACCCUGAUCCUGAGAGACUGGUUCGUCAAAACUCUUUCAUCCCUGACAUUGUACCACAACCUCGUAACACGUAUUACAAGUAUGAUUUCUAUGUGAUAUUCUGUCAAUCUGAGAAAGAAUGGGUAUACUACUCCCUCCUACAAAAACUUGAGAAAUCUUACCAGUUUAAGGGUGCCAUACCAGAGCGGGACUAUCAACUUGGGUACAACAAGUUCACGGAGAUGGAGAGAUGUAUAAAGGAAAGUCUCAAAGUGUUGAUUGUUCUCUCGAGCAAUGUGGGCAGAACAGAAGAAAUCAAGAAUAAUUAUGAAAUAGAUUUUGCACUAUCGCUGCACCACAACAUGGCACGUGGACACAAUAUUAUCCCAGUCUUGAAAGAUGACUACUGUCUUCCCCCAAGACAGCUGAAUACUUUAGCUUGUGUAAAUGCCGUCCAGUCGAACGCCUGGGAAAGAAUUGUCCUGGCACUAGAAAGUAAAUAGUCACUGACAACGAGGUAAAGGCAACUGUCAAGUACCGAUGAAAUAGUAAUAAUAGUGGACCAAGUAUGGUUACAUAUUUAACAAAACAAGAAACAAGAUUAGAGGUGCUGUCCAUGACGGAAGAAAGAAUGUGAGGAAGUGUUUUGUGAUAAUAGACUUUACACAUGUUGGUUGGUGUAUGCAGUCUGAAAAUAGAGUGACUUUUACCAUUGUCAAAUUGAAUAGUGCAUUUAAUGAUAAUUCUCUCCGAUCUCGGUGACCUUUCACGACGUCAGUCAUGUGAGAAGAGAUGAAAUCACAACACCCACUGGGUAUAAAGGUUAUAAUUACAAUUCAUUUAUAUAGAAAACGAUUCAAUGACAUGUGGCUUUGUCUGAGAAACAAAGUGACAGAUGAUGUAGAGACAUAAUGAUUAACACUUUUACAAACACAGAAAAUCUGUUAGAAAACUUGUGUAAACAUUGCAAUAUCACUGACAAAAGAAAUAACAACUUCAAAGCGAUUUGAAAACGGUCAUCAGCCUGAAAGAAUUUUGAUGUUGUGCUGCCAAACAAUGAAACUUUAUGAUAGUGUGAUGGUCAACAUCAAAUAUUUUGAUGAUGACUCGCUAAACAGGAGAAUAUUUUGACAAUGUGUUUGCUGGGAACAUAUGGAUGAAACAUUUUGGUAAACAGUUGGUAUUAUGUUGGCCAAUAUUAAAACAUUCUGAUGACCCGCCAGACAGCAUCGGUAUAUAUUGAUGACGUUAUCCGACGGGAUUAUUUAUUAAUGUAGGAGAAUGUGGUUUUUCAUGUUUCAUUCAAAAGCUAGGAAACCUUUUGCACUCAAAAUUAUGGAGACAUGUUUCGUUCAAUAGCUGUGGGACAUGUUUCAUUCAAAAGCUAGGAGACCUUUUGCACUCAAAAUUAUGGAGACAUGUUUCGUUCAAUAGCUGUAGGACAUGUUUUAUUCAACAGCUAGGAGA